ACUUUGACAUCGACCAUUCCCGAAUCCACUCCACAGGAAUAGACAUGUUGAAUGCCGCAGGAACUUUGCUAUGGCACCAUGCCACGAUUAAUGCCACCAGAGCAGGACAACUUCUUGCUAGAAACACUCAACAGUACAUCCCUUCCGUGCCUCUCGUGCCACACCGAUUCUGCAAUCACGCCUCUGUCCAGUACAAGCAUGCCCAGGCCAGGAACCUGUCUAUGCGGUCAUGGAGGAUUAUUAAGGAUAGAGAUACGUUUACGCGAUCGGCCAAAGCAAUUAGUGUACAUCAACAGCAGAGGCGUCGACCUCAUGGACCAGCAGGUAUUACACUCGGAUCAAGUCCAAUGCACCUAUCAACCGCAGUGACGCAACAGCUCGAUGACACCAAGACACAGGCGGCACCUCUUGCAGCACCUGGCACCUGGUUGGACCGCAUGCCAAAAUCUAUUCAGCCCUAUCUGUAUUUGACACGUAUCGAUAAGCCGAUCGGAACGUGGUUGCUUUAUUGGCCUUGUGCGUGGGGAAUCACCAUGGCCUCUUAUAGUGCUCAUCUGCCAUGGACUUCAACACUCUACACCAUUGGACUGUUUGGGACAGGAGCCAUUAUCAUGCGUGGAGCAGGCUGCACCAUUAAUGACCUCUGGGAUCGGAACAUUGACAAAAAGGUGGAGCGGACAAAAGUCAGGCCAUUGGCUUCCGGCGCUGUCACGCCGUCGCAAGCAAUCGCCUUUCUAGGCUUGCAGCUUGGUGCAGGAUUAGCUGUUUUGACUCAGCUCAACAUGUACAGUGUAUUGCUGGGGGCAUCUUCAUUAUCGCUAGUGGUGACGUACCCUGCAAUGAAGCGUAUCACCUAUUGGCCGCAGGUCGUUUUAGGCCUGGCCUUUAAUUGGGGUGCCUUGCUAGGGUCUUCUGCCAUGCUAGGCGCAACGAAUUGGCAGGUCGCUCUUCCAUUAUACAUCUCUGGAGUGUGCUGGACGCUUGUGUACGAUACCAUCUAUGCUCAUCAGGACAAGAAAGAUGAUAUCAAGAUUGGUGUCAAGUCCACUGCAUUACGAUUCGGAGACAAGACAGCUGAAUACCUGACUGGGUUCUCAGCAGGCAUGGUGUCCCUUUUGGCACUAGCGGGCUAUAUGAACGACCAAGGGCCGUUGUUCUAUGCCCUCUCGGUUGGCGGAGCAACAGCCCAUCUGACAUGGCAGCUCAAGACAGUUAAUUAUGAGAACCCGGCGGACUGUUGGAGCAAAUUUGCAAGCAACAAGUGGACGGGCGCCUUGGUGUUCAGCGGUAUUGCUGGAGACUACGUGAGCCGAGUGCUGAUGUAGAUGCAAAUAAAUAGAAUUUAGACAUUAUCUGUUUU